AUGACUAAAGAUAGUGAUAAUAAUGAGGAGAAUCAUUAUUAUAAAUGUGGCAUACGUCUUAACCAUGUAAAAGUAUUGGAUGAUAAUGAUUUUAAUUAUAUCAACGAAUUAUGCGAAAAUCAUUCUGGUUGGAAUAUAGCAUAUAAUAAAGAUAUUAUUAAAAUAUGGACGAAAUCAGUGCCAAAUUCCAAUCUUCAUAUGAUUAAGGCUAAAGCAAUAUUAAUUGAUGUAUCAGCUUCAACUAUCUAUGAUGUUUUACAUGAUUCACAGUACAGGCCUAAUUGGGAUAAAUAUCAUAUUGAAACUAUCGAUAUAGGCUUAAUUAAUCCUAAUAAUGAUAUUUGUUAUUAUGCUGUAGGAGGUAUGCCACCGUUACAAGCUCGAGAUUUUGUCUUACAACGAUCAUGGUUAGAUACUGGUAAGGAGAAGUAUAUUUGUAGUCAUUCAGUAUGUCAUAAGAAAUAUCCACCUGCUAAAGGAUAUAUCAGAGGUGUGGUACAUUUGACAGCAUAUCAUAUACGUGAUAUGGGUCAAAACGGUUGCCAAGUUACCUAUGUCAAUCAUUCAGAUCCAAAAGGCAAAGUACCAACAUGGCUAACCAAUCAUUUCGCUAAAGUUAUUGGACCAAAGUUUAUCAGAAAAAUACACAGAGCUUGUCUAAAAUAUGAACAUUGGAAGCAAAAUAAUUGUCCUAAUUGGAAGCCAUGGAUUUAUCCAGAACAACAAAUUAAUUUGAUGCGUAUAAAUCUUUCUGAUUGUCAACCAGCAAAAUAUAAUAUUAAUGAAGUUCUAACCGAUAUCGAUGAAAGUGGUAUCAUUUGUGAUUGUGUUGAUGCAGACAGUAACAGUGAUGAAGAUUAA